AUGGUUCAAGAAAGUACUAUGAUUUGUUUGGAUAAUUCAGAAUGGAUGAGGAAUGGUGAUUUCACGCCAACACGACUGCAGUGUCAACAGGAUGCCGCGAAUUUGGUUAUUCAGUGUAAAUUGCGUUCAAAUCCGGAAAAUGCUGUCGGUAUUAUUUCAAUGGCGAAUACUGUGGAAGUUCUUUCUACUUUGACUCAGGAAAAUGGGCGCCUUUUUAUGAAAUUGCAUCAAGUCGAGCCGAAGGGUGAAUCCAAUGUCAUUGGUGGUAUAAAAAUUGCUCAUUUGGCUCUCAAACAUCGCCAAAAUCGUAAUCAUAAAAUGCGAAUUGUAGUUUUUAUUGGAAGUCCUGUUAACUGUAUUGACCGAAACGAAUUAGCAAAAUUGUCGAAAAAGUUAAAGAAGGAAAAGGUUGUAGUCGAUAUCAUUUGUUUUGGAGAAGCCGAUGGAGAUUCCAAUGAUAUUUUUGGACAAUUCAUUGAAUCACUUAAUAGCAGGGAAGGAGGAGGCUCUAAUUUAAUUGUUGUGUCAUCUGGUUCUACUCUUACCGAGGCCUUAGUAUCUUCUUCCGUUUGUAGAGGUGAGGAUGGUACUGCUGCACCGGUGGUUGCUGCAAGUGGUGGUGGAUUUGAAUUUGGGAUUGAUCCUGAAGAUGAUCCAGACUUAGCUUUGGCAUGUAUUUCUCAUUAUUAUGCCUUACGUGUAUCGUUAGAAGAACAGCGGCAAAGGCAAAUGCAAGAAGCAAACGCUGAACUGGCAGGGGCAGAUAGUAUUCGUCAACAAGCGGAUGUUAAUGAUGACUUCAUGAAUAUGGAUCCUGAAGCGAUGACGGAAGAUCAGCAACUCGCAUGGGCAUUACGAAUGUCCAUGCAAGAAGGACCGAGUGCAAAAUCAAGUGAACCAGCAGAAAAAGCAAAGACUGCUGGAGUAUCUGAUAAGAUAACCAUUGCAAAUGAAAUGGAGAUAGAUCAAAUUCCUGAAGAAAAAGAAGUAACAGCGGAAGAGGAUCAGCUAGGACAACUGAUAGAUGAUCCUGAAUUAUUGCGCCAAUUAGUUGCUGAUUUACCAGGUAUGGAUCAAGGUUCUCCAGAAAUUCAGAAUGUUCUUCAGAAGGGAGCAGCGUCAAAUAGAGAUGAAAAAACGGAUCCUGUUGAUAAAUCGAAGAAAUGA